AAAUCCACCGGAUAUACCUAGCCCUUCUAACUCGAUUCAUGACGAGGCUGGUCAGCUGUCUGUCGGUAACCGGAGUGUAUAAAUUUCUUAAUAAUAAGUCUCAACAGGAGCGCAUUAUUGUAACACAUUAUGUCUACCAACAAUAUGGCAGACCCGAGGAGACAAAAUAAGAUUUUAAGGUACAAGCCGCCCAGCACAGAGGCCAAUCCCACACUGGAGGACCCCACACCUGACUACAUGAACCUGCUCGGCAUGAUCUUCAGCAUGUGCGGACUGAUGCUCAAGCUGAAGUGGUGUGCCUGGAUCGCAGUCUACUGCUCUUUCAUCAGCUUUGCAAACUCCAGAAGCUCAGAGGACACCAAACAGAUGAUGAGCAGCUUCAUGCUGUCCAUCUCCGCAGUUGUGAUGUCCUACCUCCAGAACCCACAGCCGAUGUCGCCGCCAUGGUAGCUGAGAGCCAACCACAGAAGAACAUGGAAGUAAAUUGUGGAUGCUGGACUGAUUGGCCCCCCUGGCCAUCAUGGAGGAAAAACAGAGACAGAAAGGAAGAUAAAAUAGUAGAAAGAGAAGAGGUGAGGGAAAACAGAUGACCAGGAAGGGGGGGACAGUAAGGUGGACACUACGUCAAGAUGGAGAGAUCAAAUGGUCUUCGGCUGUGUUCUCAUCUUUUUCUCUUUUUAACCUUUUCUAAGUUUGUUUGACAAUGAAAUUUUACUGUUGGGCCGAUCUGUUGCAGGAUUUCGUAAAUAAAGUUGUACGAUUUAAAAGGAA